UUUUCCUCUUCCUCCGCUCCGUCACUGUGAGCUGAGGUAUCUGAGGUAUCUGAGGUAGGCGGCUCCGGGUGAGACCGGAGGCGAGGAACGUGUCCUUACAUGGGAGGAGAAAGAGAGCAGGUAGACUCACCUGAAAGAGGAGGAAGCAUUAAUAAGCGGAGCUGCUGAGAGGGAAGACAUAUCCAAAACAACCGAUCACUCAUACAGUCUUCUGUGGGGGAGAUUAAGAUUUCUACUGCUGCUAAUUAACAACCAGUCAACCAGCCAUGGAGACACAGAUAGCAAAACAAAGUCCCAACAACAACCAUGGCCAGCUGAUCUACGUUCCUCACAAGGACACAAUCCGUCUGCUGGAGGUUUACGUGAAGCGCAGCCUCAGCCUAAAUGACGGGACACUCGGGACUCUGAGGAGGGGGAGGAAAGAAAAAUGGGUGACGAUGCCAAGAAGGCAAAGACGACAUUCAAGUGACCCUUCUCUUCACUUGGCAGGAUUGAAAGAUGCUGAGGAAAUUGUUGGGUUUUCUGGGGUUGAUACUCCAUCAUCUCAGACUGAGACAUCACAUGAAGAUCAAGAGAAAUCCAACAAAAAGUCCAAGAAGAACAAGAAGCCUUCAUUCUGGAAGAAUUUGUUUGGUAUUUUCUCUCGGAAGAAUGCCGACGAGGAAGAGCAGGACGGUCUGCCGGAUAUCCCUGAGAUCUCCCAAGCAGACAAUAAUUCUGAUGUCAUGAGCACCUGCCUCCCCAUGACUCCAGCACCAGUACAAAGAAGAAAAAGCACGAGGAGAAAAUCUAAAUCAAUGAAAAGAAGAUUCUCCAUGAGGCGACUAUCACAGACAAUUAACAAACCUGGGAGGGAUGUGAUCCCUGCUGAAAUCUCCCGAGUUCAAGAUGCCGUCAGCGUGGAGCCGACAUACUCUUACUACGAGAAGUUUUCAGAGGAACUGGAGAAAAUUGUGCACGAGGUGAAAGAGAAAGAAGAAGCUAAAACGUUUUCUGAUGAGGAUGUCAUCAACAGGAUCAUUGCUCUCACAAAGCAGCAGGGUGACGCAAUCGACGACAAGAUGAAGGAUAAUCCCACGCUGAGCAACUUCUUCAAGGGGAUGACGUACUCCUCCUUCCAGAAGCUGGCUGACGACUUUUUGGAGGGAGAAGCUUCGCCAACACGCAAUCCUCCCACUGUGCUACCAACAGCCCCUGAACUGGUCAAACUGGCCUUUACACUCGACUUCACGGCCAGGAUAGCCGGACUCUCUAGACAAAACGUGUGUCACAUUACAGGCUUAGGGAACCGUUACCUUCAGGACCGAUUCGAAUACCAACAGGCAUGUACAGAUCAUCCAUGGUCGGACAGCGAUGACUGAGAGACAGACGUGCAGAAUCUAAACCAAUACUGCAAAAGUAAAAAACCCAGCACCACAGUCGGCUUCAGGAUGUGUUGCAAGCCUGACUUUCCCAUUUCUUCAACAAGAAAGUGGGCCAAGGAACAAGACUUUCGGCUGGGACACAAUAAAUCGUUGAUAUUUGACUUUCACUGUUCUGUGAUAGAACCCUUGUUUAAGUCCGCAGCCUAGGGAUGUUUGCUGAAGAACCAGCUGAAUGCCUCAAGUAGAACUGGGUGUGUGCUCUGUUAAGUGUUGACUGACUGCAUUCACACGGAUGAUGAACUUUGCAAGAAGGCACACACUCAAAAGAUGUGGCAACGAUAAAGAAUCAAAAGUAGUUGAUUAUGCAUGUGACACUACAAAUGUGAUGCUCCUUUUUUUUUUUUUUUUUUUUUACAAUUCCACCGCUGAAUUCAGUUUCUUCUGUGCAGGGAUUUGUAAUAAUGCAAAAGAGCAAACUGACUGCAUUUGAUGUAUAUAAGCUACUCACCUCUGUGCAAUAUGUUUUGUAUAUGUUUAGGAUUUUAGAAUAAGCAAAAAGCUUCUAUCAAAGAAGCUUAGCUGAACUGUGACAUGAUUCUUAAUAUGAAUGCAGGCA